CUGUCCGUCCGCUGCGUCCGCGCCAUGGCGCCCGGCCUGGGCCUUCCCCGGCUGCUCGGCGCGGGUGUCCGGCCCAGGCCGCUGCGGUUGCAUCUCCUCGAGGCGACGACCCCCGGGCCGGCCCGGGCGAGCGGCAGAGCGCUGGGAAGCGCCGCGGCCCCCGCCGUCAGCGAGCCCGACGGCAGCAGCGACCUCAACGACAGGAUCCUCAGCGAGCCCCUCAAGCACUCCGACUUUUUCAACGUCAAGGAGUUGUUUUCCGUGAGAAGUCUCUUCGAUGCCCGGGUGCACCUGGGGCACAAAGCGGGCUGUCGGCACAGGUUUAUGGAGCCGUACAUCUUCGGGAGCCGCCUGGACCAGGACGUCAUCGACCUGGAACAGACGGCCACGCACCUGCAGCAGGCCUUGAACUUCACCGCCCACGUGGCCUACCGCCGGGGCAUCAUCUUGUUCGUGAGCCGCAACCGGCAGUUUUCACACCUGAUCGAGAACACGGCCCGGGACUGUGGCGAGUAUGCCCACACCCGCUACUUCAAGGGCGGCCUGCUGACCAACGCCCCCCUCCUCCUUGGCCCCAGGGUCCGCCUGCCGGACCUCAUCAUCUUCCUGCACACGCUCAACAACGUCUUUGAGCCCCAUGUGGCUGUGAGAGACGCAGCCAAGAUGAACAUCCCCACGGUGGGCAUCGUGGACACCAACUGCAACCCCACCCUCAUCACCUACCCCGUCCCCGGCAACGACGACUCGCCCCCGGCCGUGCACCUCUUCUGCAGGCUCUUCCGCACGACUAUCAGCCGGGCCAAGGAGAAGCGGAGGCAGGUCGAGGCCCUGUACCGACUGCAGGGCCAGGCGGGGGCCGAGGGCCAGAGUCCAGCCGACCCUCCUUCCCCAGGAGCAUAGGCCAGGCUGGACCUGGGUCAUUCCCGUGACGGGCCUGCUCUCCUCCCAAUACAAACCACUGCCGAGCCUCUUCCUAAGCUGGGCCCCCUUCCCUGCCCUGACCGUGGUCCUCAUCACGUUCCCAGUGCCUCCAGACCUCGGGUCCCUGCCACUAGUAACGGUUCUCAGCAGCUGCCCUCCCAGGGCUCCACUUCAGACCCCUGGGGCCCGGCAGCCACACAGCCGGCAAGCAGCCUGUCCAAAAAGGGCGCAAGACACUUGUCCCUGGAAUCUGAAGUCCUCGCUUCUACCUUGGGGUUAGUCUUUGUGUGUUAGGACGGUUCUUAGACCUGCUCGAUUCUUCUCAA